AUGGAGACGUCCAAGAACCUUCUCGAUCGGCUCGCGGACGUGCUACCUGUCUUCGAGGCCGCAGCCGAAGCCUCGGCAGUCGAAGCUCAGAGGCAGGGCGAAUCAUGGGAGUUUCCUAAGCGUCUCAAAUCCAACAUCACUCUCUUGAUGUAUGCCAUCGAGAGCUUGCGGCCGCAUUUUGGGACCAAGCACCUCAAGUCGGAGACGGGCUGCCGGAACACCCUUACCAGCAUCUCCAAGGCCCUGAAUUCUCUGAUAGCGGACAAAACCCAAGCCAAGUUCCCUAAGGUGGCGUUCCCGGGUCUCGCGGCCCUCCGUGACCAUGAUGACCCGGUUGCUCUCCUGCCCCAUUUCGAGGAGAGGAUCCACAGCGCCUGGAUCGAGACGACCGACGGCUGGAUCUCGGAGCUGAAACAUAUGCUUCCGAGACGCUCCUCGAACCAACGACCUUCGCAUAGCGUUUACGAUCUUGCUACCACGCUCUACCGUGCGCUCGAGAAGGCACUCAAGUCGAAAUGCGCUUGCUCUCGGCCGCAUCAUAGCCUGCUCUUCAUGGCGAACCACCGCGGCUUCUCGGAGGGGAGGGACGCGACCAUCGUCUUCGACAUGCUUAUCAGCACUCCCGAGUCGAUGGAGCGUCGAUGGUGCGACACCCAGGUCAAAGUGCCAGUAUUAGCCGAAGGGAACGUCGACCGGUUCCAAAGAAAGGCUGCAAGGAAAACCUUGGACUCGAUAUGUUCUUCCUUCAACUUUCUGGCAGGGGUCCCUGUCCGUCGGGCAACCUUGUUUGCCCAGGAGGGCAGCCUCGUAGAAGACAGAGCCAACAAGCGAGUGCGACUCGGGACGCAGAGCCUCUUUUCACCGACAAUCGUCACUCUGAAUCAUCUAUUGGAAACACUAAGUGGCGGUCCGAAGCUGUCCUUCAGGUACCUCACGCAACUGGCUAUCCACCUGGCGACAUCGUUUCUCCACCUUUACGGGGGUCCGUGGAUGCCUCAUCGCUUAGGCGCGGACAUGGUGCAGUUUAUCUGCACCCCAGACGGGCUCUUGCUCAUCCCAUUUCUGCCAUUUGUUCCCAGCCAGCUCUCCCCGCCUGGGACGGAAGACCUCGAGGGCAAAAAACCCCUCCCGCGGAUGGACUUUGAUCUCAGCCGGCCGGCAAGAGUUGGUCUGGGUGUCUUGCUGUUCGAAUUAUUCACCCAGACUGUCUAUCCGACAAAGCUGCCGGAUGAUGGCAGCGCCAUAGCGAAGGAGGACUUGUGGAACAUCAUCUUCGAUAUCGAUGAUACUCUAGAGGAAUGGAAGGACGAAGAGAAUUUCGGGCUCGUAGUAGAUGCCAUCAACGCCUGCUUCGAUAUGGGGACUAAUUCGCUGCCUGGAGAGUUCGAAGAAUGUGAAUCAUUCUACGAGACCGUGAUAAGCCCUCUCGAAGAGCAACUAAUACGAGAAAACUCUCUCAGUGACCAAAGGACGGAGAAUAUCAGCCCCGACAAACUGGAUACCUUGACCUUCCAAGAAGUCCUCGUUCCAAUCGCACUCCCACAGGCAAUUGUGCCCAUCUCUACACCAGCGAUAUCACCUCUCUCAGCACCCAUCGGUUCUCUUAAGCGGCCAACUCGGCAGCAAGAAUCUGAUUCCAAUCUGGCGAAUGGCUCUACUGUCCGCACAAGGACGGUGCCCAAGUCAGUCGACUCGCGCCUCGAUGCAGCUCCAACAGCAGCAGAUACGGCCACGAAGACGAAUACCCCAAGCCAUGUGUCUCCGGCCGCUGCAGAGGUGAACCAUAGCGAAGAAUCCGAGGCUGUCUUGGACAAGAUUAGCCCACAGGGGACUAGUCUACCACCUGAGAGCCGCGGAGCAGUCGAUACAGCCGCAUCCCAAAGAGAGGAGCACGCUUCCGACAGUCCAUCCCGAGCUGUGACCAAGGUUGUCCAGGAAACUGAUACAGCGGUAGAGAGGACUGCCAGGAAAGGGCGGAUAAAGUACAAAUACACCAAAUAUCUUGACUAUCUGGCCGGCAUGACCAAAAGCGCAGACGUCAAGGAUGCGGCGAGUUGGCUGAAAGACUUUGUGGAGAUCGAAGAGCUGGUAUUCCGCUUCCUAGAAGCACCGAAAGUGCCACCCAGACCCAUAAAACUAGCUAUACUCGAUACGGGAUGCAGCUUGGAUACCGGCUUCUUCGACAAGGAGUGGCACCACGGCGAUAAAGACCGCGUCGCGGGCGAACACUGGAAAGAUUGCUUGGGCGACCACCCCGACGGUCCCAUCGAUGAGGAUCCAAAUCGCCAUGGAACCAAGAUAACCACGCUUCUCCUGAUGCUGCUCCCCCGCGUCGAGCUUUUCAUCGCCAGAGUCGCUAGAACAACAUCCGACUUCGAGUCACCCAAGGCCCAGCAGGCUGUCGCAGAGGCAAGUGUUCUCGUCGUCUCAAUUUGUGCCGCGGAUGGAGGAAUCCCCUGUUGCAUUGCAGCAGAGGCUAACCCACGCCUUCGGCACGCUAGGGUACAAGGUCCCCUGCACCCACCAAUGGAACGAGAACUCGAUCGUGGUGAAGCCGCUCACGAUAUCGGGCUGCUCCGCCGCUGCACCCAUCAUGGCCGCCAUCGCAGCUACGUACCUGCAGUACGCGUCCUGGAAGCUAGCUAUGGGAAGCGACGAGAUCGAUUUCCAAAGCGUCGAGAUGCUUUUCGAACUAGAAGGCAUGGUGAGGCUCUUCUCCGCGACAACUGA